AUGAAUAUCAUAUCUCGUACUAUACUUCAUUCUCUACGUACAACAAAUCGAUUAUAUAGAAAUCCUUUAAUAACAGCUGUACGAUAUCAUGGUGAAUAUGAAUCAAAAGAUCCGAAAUCAGAGGAUGAAGUUGUGAAUGUUGUUUUUAUUAAACGAGAUGGUGAACGUGUUCCAUUACGUGGUAAAAUCGGUGAUAAUCUACUAUAUUUGGGACAUCGUUAUGGUGUAGAAAUCGAAGGUGCUUGUGAAGCCUCAUUAGCUUGCUCAACAUGUCAUGUCUAUGUCAAAGAAGAAUACCUUGAUAAAUUACCUGAACCUAAAGAAGAAGAAGAAGAUCAAUUGGAUUUAGCACCGUUUUUAAAAAGUAAUUCUCGUUUAGGUUGUCAAGUGAUUCUUAAAAAAGACCUGGAAGGUGCUGAAUUUAUAUUACCACAAGCUACUCGAAAUUAUUAUGUUGAUGGUCAUAAACCGACACCUCAUUAA